AUGAUUCAAAGUGAUAAUAGUAAUAGCAACACUAAUGAUCAUUAUAAUAUAGAAACAAAUAAAUCAAAUUAUUUUGAAGAUGAUGAUAAUAUCUUCAUAUCAUUUGAAGAAAAUGGAAUAAAUAUUAGUAAUAAUAAUAAUAAUAUAAUAAAUGUAGAUCAAAAUAAUAAUGGUAUUAAUAAUACUAAUAAUACUAAUACUAGCAAUAAUAAUAAUAAUAAUAACAAUAACAAUAACAAUAACAAUAAUAAUCAAAUAUUUCAAGAUCUAUUACAAAAAUUAGAUAAGGCAUCCAAAGAAUAUACCAAUAAAGAAAAAAGUUAUCCAAAGAUCGAGGUAGAAAAUAAAUGUUUUAAUAAUGAUUUUAAAGCAAAGCAUAAAUACGAUCAGGUUAAUUGUAGGGUUGUUAAAGAUGUAGAUUCUUUCAGAAUUAAUGAAGAGUUGGAGCUAUUGCCAUCAAGUUAUUCAUUUAAGAGAUAUAUAAAAUUAAAAUUAAACUCAAUUUUACAUUUAUCAAAAAAUCAAUACGAAGAUUUUGAACUUUCAUUUGAAAGGGUAUUCGAUGUUAGUUCGGUAUCAAGCAAAGUUGAGGUUCCAAGUCCUAAUGCACACUAUUCAAACACUAACAUUGUUUCAUCGACAUCCUCAUCUGUAACUACAUCAAACUCACAUACAACAGCAAACAUUACACCAAUAAAUAAUAGUAACAUAUCAAAUGAAAUAAAUAUACAAAAUAGUGCCACAUCUAAUGAUUUAAUCGAAGAGCUACCAUCAUCUCAACAAAAACAAAACCAAUUCAGAUUUAGAAAUGAAAUCGGCACUCAAUGCCAGGAGACUACAGAAACAGAUUAUUUUUCAGCACAAGAAGAUUAUUUAAAUAGAUUAAAACAAUCAUUUGAAAGCAAUACAAAAUAUAUUAUGAAUGAUAUUAAAUACAAAAAGAAAAAGAGUGUCGACUUGUGUGGGUCAUUUUAUAUAGAAAAUGGAAAUUUCGUCAAAGAUCAAGUAAACAAAUACCAAAUUAUUAGUGGGUCAUUUCAUUAUUUUAGAUGCCAUCCAUUAUUGUGGGGUGAUAGGUUACUCAAAAUCAAAGCAUCUGGUUUAAAUACAAUUCAAACUUAUAUCCCAUGGAAUCUACAUCAACCCAAUGGUUUAGAUAGCGAUUUAGAUUUUUCCCAGUUCAAUUUAACACAAUUUUUAGAAUUAGCAAAUGAAAAUCAACUAAAUGUAAUCAUUAGACCUGGUCCAUUUGCUUGUGCUGAAUAUGAAUUUGGGGGGUUUCCAUCAUGGCUUUUAACCAACUAUCCAGAAAUUGCUCUAAGAACUAGUGAUGAAAAUUUUUUAAAUGCAGUUUCACAAUAUUGGCAAAAACUAUUACCAGUACUAGAACCCUAUCUUUACACAAAUGGUGGUCCAAUUAUUAUGGCUCAAAUAGAAAACGAAUAUGGUUCAUAUGGGGCUGAUAAGGAUUAUCUUUUAUAUUUAUAUGCAUUAUUGCAAAAGUUUUUGGGCAUAGGUCAAGGUAAAGAAGGUGGUGUUAUAUUUCACUCUACUGAUGGUCCAUCUAUUCAAAUGUUAUAUGGCUCAAAGUUAGAUGGAGUGUUCCAAACAGUCGACUUUGGUCCCACUACAAUGGACCAAAUUGAACAAAAUUUUAAUAUUCAACAAAAGUAUACCUCAAGCCUGCAACCAUCUAUGAAUUCAGAGUAUUAUACUGGUUGGAUUACUCAUUGGACUGAUCAGUCUGCUGCUAGGACAUCAGCAGAGGUAGUUGCAGAGGGUUUAGGUAAUAUUUUAUCAUUGGGUGCAAGUGUCAAUAUGUAUAUGUUUUAUGGUGGCAGUAAUUUUGGCUUUUCAAAUGGUGCAAACUCAAACUCUCCCUCAGAUUAUGAAAUUACCAUUCAAUCAUACGACUAUGACUCCCCAAUUAGCGAAGCUGGUGAUAUUACAUCAAAAUAUCUUGCACUUAGAGAAGUUAUUGAAAAGUAUGUAAACACAUCAUUACCACCAAUUCCAAAUAAUUCUACCAAGUCACAAUAUGGUACUGUUUCCUUUAUUCAAGCCGCUAGUUUAUUUGAUAAUUUAAAGCAAUUGUCAACCUCGCCACUUUUCUUAACAGGAAGACCACUAUCAAUGGAAGAAAUGAACCAAUCUACUGGCUUUGUUUUGUACGAAACAACUAUGAAUUUGGCCCAAAGUAACCAGCUUUCAGUUAUGGAGCUUCAUGAUAGAGCAACAUUUUUUAUUAAUAGCCAAAGCAAUCAAGGUUUUAUUCAGCGUCCAUAUAAUAGCAGUAUAACAAUUACAUACCCAACAACAAAUAUUUCAUCAAAUGGUGAUUUUAAUCUAAAAAUCUUAUUAGAAAACCAGGGUCGUGUUAAUUUUGGACCAUACAUACAUGAUAAAAAAGGAUUGGGUAAUGGGGUUACAUCAAGCAAUCAAUAUCUUGGACCAUGGUCAAACUACCCAUUACCUUUAGAUAACCUUUCUGCCAUAGAAUGGCAAGAUGUUUCAAGUUAUAGUAAAUUUUCAACACCAACAUUUUAUAAAGCAAUUUUAACAAUUAAUAGUCAAGAUGAAAUAGGCGAUACCUUUCUUUCAUUUCAAAACCUCGGUAAAGGUCAGUUGUAUGUUAAUGGUUAUAAUGUUGGUAGAUAUUGGAACGUUGGCCCUCAAAGAACAAUUUAUAUUCCAUCUGUAUUAUUAAAUCAAGGAAAUAACGAAAUAAUUAUAUUAGAAACUUUGCUUACAAAUCAAAUUAUAAAUAUUCAAUUCCUAAACUAUCCAAUUUUUGAUUAG